UAAGAAUGAGACAUUUAAAUCUGUCACCGACUCUCGAAUCUCAUUCAAAGUUUCGCGUGUCUUCCUGAUUUUUUAUUGAAUACAAAAUUAUAUUAACAACAAAGGCAAAUAUACAUUUACAGUGUAGAUAAGUAUUACAUGCUCAACACAGUAUAACUAAUAAAUUGUUUAGAAAAAAGCGUGUCUUCUGAUUCUCCAUAUAGAGGGUAUGCAUUGACGUCACUUUUCCACGUGACCACGAAGGAGCACGCCCUGUUGAGUGGCAAACGUUUAACAAAAUGGAUGGUUUUCAUAGCGGCUGCUCCGAAAAUGCCAGCAAAACUGACUAUUAUGUGCUUAAAUUGAAUUUAGUUGGACUUGAUAGCAGAGGGUAUGCACGUGACGUCACUUUCGGCGAAAAUGACUGCGGUUACGCCCACUGAGUGGCAAAAGACAGAGCGGCAGAAUGAGUGUCGAGUCUGAAUGGGAAACAGCUGUUGUGCGAUAAACUGUACAAGCACAUUAACAAGAAUUCGGAGCUAUCAUUUUACAGACUGCCAAAAAACACAGAAAGGAGAAGUAAAUUGAUUGUUCAUGCCAACGUCCACAGACCACAGUGCACAUUUUGGUCCGGCGAUAUGAGCCUUCUGAUCAAGAAGCCAUUGAAAUGAUUUACCCAGAUGCAAUUAAGGAACACAUCAACCCUGCAUUCCUACACGCCAUGACCCAGCGUCUUCAUAUCACUAUAAGUCUGUUUAUUUGCAUUGGUGCUUAUCUGCUCGGCGGGUCUGUUAUUCUGGCCAUAAUAUCUGGAGGAGCCUGGGUUGGUCUGGUGUACUUCUGCUGCUAUGAGUAUUACGCUUCUUAUGUCCGGAACAGACUACGUACAGACAUGAAGGACAUUCCAGGUCACUAUCUCAGCAAUCCAGAUAACUGCUUCUGGGUCGCUGAAGCCGAGAUGGACGGUAGGCGUCGGAUUUUGGGUAUGGUGGCUGUGGAAGCCAAAGAUGACGGCGACGGAAAGAAACAUGGAAAGCUUUUACGAAUGAGCGUGUUGUCCACCUGUCGCCGUGCUGGUCUCGGUCAACAGCUGGCUAAAACCGUCGAAGACUUCUGCAAGGAACGUAGCUUCACAAAGAUCAUACUUUCCACCUCUUCUGUUCUAAGAGCGGCCGUGGCGCUUUACAAUAAGAUGGGCUUUAAACUGGUCCUGGUUCAUACUCAAUCUGAGAGACCAAAGUGGUUGGUCUGGAUGACUCGACUCAAAAUUUUGUACAUGGAGAAAAUCAUUUGAUCCUUAACUGCUGUUAAUACACCUGACCUGAGCUCAAUAGCAGAAAGUAUUUGAGAGUUAUGAGAUGGUCAGAUGAAAACUGAUAUGGAGUUCCAUCAGUUAAAAAUAACCAAAGAGUUUCAAUAUUUUUUCCUAUUUAAAACUGAACUUUUCUGUUAUGAUUUGCAAGAGGGAACCCAAGUGCAGACAGAGGGAUAAACACUAAAGACCUUUAUUUACAAUAUUAACAGAAAACAAAACCCACGAGGGGGCAAAACAACAUAAGAGAUAUUAAAUGAACACUCAACAAGACUAUAACUACACUUAACACUAGACCGGGUGACACUAAACAAUAAACUUGACUUCACACUAAAUAUACAAAGACCUAGACUAGACUUGACAAAACAGCUUUACUCACGGGUAUGGAAACAAUGCACAAGCACAGGACAAUGAAUACAAGAGGAUUAAAUAGGGGA